AUGGUGCAACGACGUUCAACGUAUUGUGACGCAUACAGCAUCGAAGAUCACGUGGUAGAGUGUAUCAAUGGGCAUAUACCAUACAAAGGAAUGCAAUCAGCAAGAAAAGCUCCAUCAGAAUAUCAAACUAAGUAUCCUUACCCGAAUGAAGGUGUAGCGUUAAGUAGGUCUAGUUACGUAGAAGUCAAGCUACUUCAAGUGACAAAACAGAGACAUCCUUACACCGGGAGUCAACCGGGAGUCAACCGGGAGUCAACCGGGAGUCAACCGGGAGUCAACCGGGAGUCAACCGGGAGUCAACCGGGAGUCAACCGGGAGUCAACCGGGAGUCAACCGGGAGUCAACCGGGAGUCAACCGGGAGUCAACCGGGAGUCAACCGGGAGUCAACCGGGAGUCAACCGGGAGUCAACCGGGAGUCAACCGGGAGUCAACCGGGAGUCAACCGGGAGUCAACCGGGAGUCAACCGGGAGUCAACCGGGAGUCAACCGGGAGUCAACCGGGAGUCAACCGGGAGUCAACCGGGAGUCAACCGGGAGUCAACCGGGAGUCGUUCUCAGUAUAA